AAUUUCAGGUUUUAGAUACGAAGAAUUCUGAUGUCUUAUAAAGAACAUGGAGUAACAACGAAUGCAAUCUAAACAAACAUCCUUGGCAUCAAUGGCGGUGCUAAUUUUAGCUCAGCCAUGGCGGAUUCACUAUUUUUACCCUUCUUCCCUUAAUUUCAUUCAACAAGAAAAACAAAAACAAAAUUAUUUGCACAUAAUCAUCGUCUUCCUGUUUCUUCCAUCUUGGAUCACAAGAGAGGGACGCCAUGCCUUCUCCUCGUGAAGCAGAAGAACAACCCAAAACAGAAACGGGUCAUGCGUCCUCUGAACCGGAAACCCGGCAACCACCGGCUCCUCCGCCGCAGCCUCAACCGGAAAACCACCAUCCGUCGCAACCCCCGGUGAUGGGCUACCCGAAUUACCCGAACGGACCGUACAACACACACUACGUACCUUAUGGACAAGCUCCACCUGCAUCAUAUUAUGGGUCGCCGCCGUCGCCCUCGCCGUACAUGACCUAUCAAUACCAGGCUAACCGGAGCUCCGCCGCAUCCGCCGGAUUCGUCAGAGGAAUCCUCACCGGACUCAUAAUCCUCGUCGUCAUCCUCUGCCUGUCCACCGUCGUGACCUGGCUCGCUCUCCGACCCCAACUCCCGAUUUUCUCGGUGACCCAUUUCACCGUGUCGGGGUUCAACGCGAGUCAACCAGAUUUCACCGCUCAGUGGACGGCGAAUCUCACGGUGGAGAAUCCGAACACGAAGCUGGGAGCGUACUUCAACCGAAUCCAAGGGCUCGUGUACCACCAGAACUCCGUCGGCGAGGACGAGUUCCUAGCGAUGGGGUUCUUCACGCCGUUGCACUUGGAGACGAAGAAGACGGUGGAGAUCGGAGAGAGGUUUACGGCGGGGGAGAAGGAGGAGCCGGAGGUUCCGCCAUGGGUGGCGGAGGAGAUGAUGAAGGAGAGGGAGGGUAGUGGAACGGUGUCGUUUAGCCUGAGAAUCGCUGUCUGGGUGACAUUCAAAACGGAGGCUUGGGGAGAGAGAGAGCGAGGGCUUAAGGUAAUUUGUGAUAAGUUGAAGGCUGGUUUUGAUGGUGGCUCUGGAAACGGCGCCGUUUUGUUGCCCAAACCUUUGCCUUGCUUCAUUUACCUUUGAUGAUUGAUUAUUAUAUGAUAAAUGUGACAAUACUCCCCCUUUUUUGUGUUUGUUAUGGAAUAUUCGGAUUUAGUUUUAGAUGGAAUGGAUUUCAGACGGUAUAUACUAUAUACAUAUAUACGUGUUUUGU